CAAUUGCUUCAAGAUACAAUAUAGAAAGCUUUAUAAUUUUGCGGAUUUUGUGGCAGAAUUUCUUAACUAUGACACCUGGAAGAAAGCCAGGUCUGAUUGCCUUAUUUGAUGUGGAUGGAACACUUACGGCUUCAAGGAAGGUAGUGACUCCAAAGAUGUUGGAAUUUAUGCAGAGACUUCGAGAGGUUGUUACAGUUGGAGUAGUGGGAGGAUCUGAUCUUGCUAAGAUAUCAGAGCAGCUUGGCAAAACAGUUAUUGAUGACUAUGAUUAUGUAUUUUCUGAAAAUGGUCUUGUGGCUCACAAAGAUGGGAAGCUUAUUGGCAGUCAGAGCUUGAAGUCAUUCUUGGGAGAAGAAAAACUCAAGGAAUUUAUUAAUUUCACACUUCAUUAUAUUGCUGACUUGGACAUACCGUUAAAAAGGGGAACAUUCAUUGAGUUCCGAAGUGGGAUGCUUAAUGUAUCACCAAUUGGAAGAAAUUGCAGUCAGGAAGAGAGGGAUGAGUUUGAAAAGUAUGAUAAGGUUCACAACGUACGGUCAAAAAUGGUCUCUGUGCUUCGAGAGAAGUUUGAUCACCUUAACUUGACAUUUUCAAUUGGAGGACAGAUAAGCUUUGAUGUAUUCCCCAAUGGUUGGGACAAGACCUUUUGCUUAAGAUACCUUGAGGAAUUUCCUGAAAUCCACUUCUUUGGGGACAAAACUUUUAAGGGAGGAAAUGACUACGAAAUUUAUGAAUCAGAGAGAACAGUGGGUCACACAGUCACCAGCCCUGAUGAUUCGGCGGAACAAUGCUCAGCUCUCUUCCUUGGCAAGGAAGCCAGAGUUCUCUAAGCCUAUGGCAACUCAAUAAUGUCAUCUA